ACCUGGCAGGGGCCGGAGACAUUUAGACACCCGGAGACAUUUAGGGCCCCUCCUCCUGCUCCAACCCCACCCACUGGGCCCCUCCUCCCCUCCACAGCCGGGGCGCCGCACUCCAACAUUGAGCUCCUUCCACCUCGCGGCGUUCGCGAUUCCUCCGCCCCUCCCUCCAGCCACGGCUCAGACUCCUAGGUCGCUCGGGCAGAGCUGGCGGCGCGCUGGGGGGAUGCGCUCUAUGAGGGCUCUGCAGAAUGCGCUGAGCGGGGCCGGCAGUCACUGCUGGCUGGGAGGCUGGGGUCACCUGAGCCGGAGCCCUCUUCUUGGCGGGGGCGUCCGGCACCACCUCAGUGAGGCCGCGGCGCUGGGCAGAGAGACGCCGCACAGCCACCAGCCGCAGCACCGGGAUCAUGAUUCAUCAGAGAGUGGCAUGCUGUCGCGCCUGGGUGAUCUGCUCUUCUACACUAUUGCUGAGGGACAGGAACGAAUCCCUAUCCACAAGUUCACUACUGCACUGAAGGCCACUGGACUGCAGACAUCAGAUCCCCGGCUUCGGGACUGCAUGAGCCAGAUGCGCCGCAUGGUUCGAGAGUCCAGCAGUGGUGGCCUCUUGGACCGAGAUCUCUUCCAAAAGUGUGUGAGCAGCAACAUUGUGCUCCUGACCCAGGCAUUCCGAAAGAAGUUUGUCAUUCCUGAUUUUGAGGAGUUCACGAGCCAUGUGGAUCGCAUCUUUGAGGAUGCCAAAGAGCUCACUGGAGGCAAAGUGGCGGCCUACAUCCCUCAGCUGGCCAAAUCCAAUCCAGACCUGUGGGGUGUCUCCCUGUGCACUGUGGAUGGUCAGCGGCACUCCGUGGGCCACACAAAGAUCCCCUUCUGCCUGCAGUCUUGUGUGAAGCCCCUCACCUAUGCCAUCUCCAUAAGCACCCUAGGCACUGACUACGUGCACAAGUUUGUGGGCAAGGAGCCCAGUGGCCUACGUUACAACAAGCUCUCUCUCAAUGAGGAAGGAAUCCCCCAUAACCCCAUGGUCAAUGCUGGUGCCAUUGUUGUGAGCUCCCUGAUCAAGAUGGACUGUAACAAAGCAGAGAAGUUUGAUUUUGUAUUACAGUAUCUGAACAAAAUGGCUGGGAACGAAUACAUGGGUUUCAGCAAUGCUACAUUCCAGUCAGAGAAGGAAACAGGGGAUCGGAAUUAUGCCAUUGGCUACUAUCUAAAGGAAAAGAAGUGCUUUCCUAAGGGGGUGGACAUGAUGGCUGCCCUUGAUCUCUAUUUCCAGCUGUGCUCCGUGGAGGUGACCUGUGAGUCAGGCAGUGUCAUGGCAGCCACCCUGGCCAAUGGCGGGAUCUGCCCCAUCACAGGAGAGAGCGUGCUGAGCGCUGAAGCAGUGCGCAACACCCUCAGCCUCAUGCACUCCUGCGGCAUGUACGACUUCUCAGGCCAGUUUGCCUUCCAUGUGGGCCUGCCAGCCAAGUCAGCUGUGUCAGGAGCCAUCCUCCUAGUAGUACCUAAUGUCAUGGGAAUGAUGUGUCUGUCACCUCCACUGGACAAGCUAGGGAACAGCCACAGGGGCAUCAGCUUCUGCCAGAAGUUGGUGUCUCUCUUCAAUUUCCACAACUACGACAACCUGAGGCACUGUGCUCGGAAGUUAGACCCACGGCGUGAAGGGGGAGAAGUUCGGAACAAGACUGUGGUGAACCUAUUAUUUGCUGCCUAUAGUGGAGAUGUCUCAGCUCUUCGAAGGUUUGCCUUGUCAGCCAUGGACAUGGAACAGAAAGAUUAUGACUCCCGCACAGCCCUGCAUGUUGCUGCAGCUGAAGGACACAUCGAAGUUGUUAAAUUCCUGAUUGAGGCUUGCAAAGUGAAUCCUUUUGUUAAGGACAGGUGGGGCAACAUUCCCCUGGAUGAUGCUGUGCAGUUCAACCACCUGGAGGUGGUGAAACUGCUUCAGGAUUACCAGGACUCCUAUACACCAUCUGAAACUCAGGCCGAAGCCGCGGCCGAGGCCCUGUCCAAGGAGAACUUAGAGAGCAUGGUGUGA